GUCAUACUGUUGGCUGCUUCCUGCCCUGACUUUUUGCAGAGGCGCGGUUUGUUUGCAUGGGAAGCCUUGAAAUUGGAAACUGAAGGCUAGACAUGGGCAGCUUUCCAGAUGUGAGCCAGCUGGCAAACACCCUUAUUGGAUACCAUAACGUUAACGGAAAUUACUGGAGAGUUGCAAAAAAUAUGAAAGAUGUUACAGUGUGGCGGAAACCUUCAGAGGAGUUCAGUGGAUUUCUGUAUAAAGUACAAGGUAUAGUGAAAGACAUCCCCACCCGAAUAAUUGACUAUAUUCGUCCUGGACCAUAUAGACUGAACUGGGACAGCUUGAUGACUUCAAUGGAUAUUGUUAAAACAUUUGAUGAGCCAGGUUGUUGCAUCUUGCGCUAUACGACUGCAGGACAGCUGUGGAAUAUUAUUGCUCCCCGGGAAUUCGUCGACUUCUCCUACACCACGGACUACCAAAACGGCCUUCUUUCCUGUGGUGUCAGUCUGGAGUACCCUAGCGGAUUGCAGAACUUCGUCAGGGGCUUUAACCACCCCUGUGGUUGGUUCUGCGUGCCCACAGAGGAGGCACCAACGCACGGGCUGCUAACGGGCUACAUCCAGACAGACCUGCGGGGCAUGCUGCCACAGUCCGCCGUGGACUCUGCAAUGGCCAGUAGUCUUAUCAACUUCUUUGUGGACCUGCGAAGGGCUCUGACCGUGUGACUGAACUUUGUUCCCUUCAGAUCAAAACAUUAUUAGCUGCCAUUAUGAUGCAGUUUUGGUACAUUUCUCUACAAGAUAAUAUUAUUGUGCAUUGCUGGUAGUAUAUUUAAAUCAUGAAGGGAAUCAGAUUUUUUAUAUGUGUUUUUGUAUAGCUUUGUGUCAUCUCUUAACUAUGGGGUAAUUAAUCUUCUCCCAGUGUAAUCCUAUUUCAAGAUUUUGGGUGGUUUAAACCCAAAGCACAGUAAGGUAAUAUAUACCUGCUCUUUUAAAUCUAUCUGUCAUUUCCAUUAUCUUUGCGCACAAUGGAUUUUGAGGAGGAAUUAAGUAUCUUUGGUGUAUACUAUAUGAAUAUAUUUAAUGAAUGCAUGCUCUCAACUAGAGAAAUCUUUACGUAAGUAAAAUUUAUUUAUAAAGCACCUUUCACAGACAAGAGGUUACAACGUGCUGUACAGCACUGCAGUCUUUCUGAUUUGGGAGGUACCAAACUGCGCUUGGCUAUAGGAAAAAUAAAUAGGCAAGAAAUGCAAUGCAAUGACUAUUUUUAGCCCUCAAUCUAUGUGAUUAUGACACACACACACAGAAAAUAGUGACCUCAGCUUUUGUGUGAGUAUGACACGCACAGAAAAUAGUAACCUCGGCUUUAUGAACAAAGACCAACAUAGACUAUAUGAUGGGUAGGAUUUAAAUUAUGCUUUUAUUUAGUUUUAUUUCCAUCAUAAAUAUGCAAUAAAUUAAAAUGCAGCAGCUAAUAAAAAAGCACAUUAGCUAGGUAUGGAUCAUUGCAAGAAAACACUUUUCAAUUAAUUUUACUGUAAAAAUAAUAAAGAUUUAGGUACUGUCAUUAUUUUUUACAUGCACUGUUUCAUUGUGUAUGUAUAUUGCUUUUUAAAUCCUCAUCUGAUAAAAAGGUACCGUAAUCUCCUUUAAGGUACCUUUAUCAGCCAAGUCUUACAAUGACUUUGUAAAACAAUAACCCAUUGAUUGGCAAACUUUAACUGCCAAGAAGGAUUGUAUUAGUUCUUUGGGUCUGGUAUGGUUUUUAAAAUUGAAAUCAAAGUAUCCAUUUCAAAAAUAUUUGUUUUUUAUAAGGUUUUACCAUGUGAUUCUAGACAAAUAUAUUGUACACUUUUGUGCAUUUUAAUAUGAGGAAUUAAUGUAAUUCAAUUAAUUUGAGGUUCUGACCUCAAAUGCUGUCAUUCGUUGUAUUUGAACAUGCAGUUUUCCAGAUGUAGGCUUAGACCUUUAAAUGUUAAGGUAAAAGCUAAUUAGCGUUACCAUGAGCACGCUGCGACUUUAGCGUUACAGUGAGCACAAUGUAACAUUACACAUUAGCAUUGCUCUGGGACUUUGAUAUGCCCAGGAGGGUACAUCAUGAUACUGAAACAUUUUUUGUGGUGAGAUUUCUUUUGGUCUUUAAAUAAAUUUGUGUAGAUAUGAAUAUUCAUAAAUGCUCCCAGCUUUUACAGUAGAGGGUUUAAGGUGUGUGUGCAGUAUAUUCAAAACAUGAUUUUUAUACCGACAUUCUUUAUUGUUCAAUGUGCAUUGAAAUACAGAUUAAAUCUCAGAAAUGCCAUUUAAA